CGCGAUUGUGCCCUUUCACCACUGUCCAGCCGGCUCUGUUCCCGAAUCCAUCCAUCGUCAGACCUGAACGCAUAUACGACUCUUUGCAUACGUCCUGCUACCGACACCGCGUCCCCUCGACGCACGAUAGCGUCCCAGACCACGACUGAGAGCAUACACGGAACGACACAGCGUAGCAUAGUGAAGAAGGACAAGGAGGAGAGAGCUGCCCAAGAUGACGAAGACGUACAUGAUGAACAGCCUCAUCGAGAAGAUGCAGAGCCCGGACCAGGACUAUCGGUUUAUGGGCCUGAAUGACCUCAUGAACGAGAUCAAGAACGACCCGGGCUCGUUCUUGGGCGAGGAGGCGACGGAGACGAAGGUGUUGAAGCAGGUCUUGGCGCUUGUGGAGGACAAGAUCAGCGAAGUGAAGAACCAGGCGGUCAAGUGCCUCGGUCAGCUCAUCAAGAUCAUCAAGCAGUCGCAGAUGGAGCUCGUCGUCGAUCGCCUCAUCGACUUUUCGGCCGGCAAAGACGACGAGCUGCGGGACAUCGCGAGCCUCGCGCUGAAGACGAUCACGGCCGAGCUGCCGCCGGAGGGGAAGAUUGCGCACUCCGCGACCGCGAAAUUGGCGCCCAAGCUCCUCGCGCAGGCGGCGAAUCCCGCGACCCCGCCGGAGGCGCUCGUCGAGACGCUCGCGAUUCUGAGCAUCCUGAUCGGCAGGUUCCCGGCGCAUUUUGUGGCGCCGGUGGGUGGUGGGGGCCCGGGCACGGCAUCGGGCGCGACGCAGGCGGUCGUCCUGGACCCGCCCCCUUUGGUCGUGCUGGCGCCGUUGUUGGCCCACCCGCGCCCCGUCGUGCGCAAGCGCGCGAUCGGCACGCUCGCGCAGUUCGCGCCGCUCGCGCCGGCGGAGCUCGUGAACGGCCUGCUGGAGAAGGCGGUGGUGGGCGGGCUUGGCGCCCCCACGCCGACGAUCCCGCAGCUCGUGUCCGCGCUCGCGCGCACCGCGCCCGCGGCGGUGGCGAGUUAUGUGCCGAAGGUGGUGCCCGCGUUCUUGGAGCGGUUGGCCUCCGCCGCCCAGGCCGCCGACGAGGCCUCGUCGGAGGAAGAGGAGCUGAGGGAGUAUAUACUGCAAGCGCUGGAGACGCUCGUGCUGCGCUGCCCGACGGAGGUUGGUGCGUGGGUGGGCGGGGAAGGAGGGGGGAAGCCGACGAUCCUCUCCGCGGGGACGACGUGGAUCAAGUACGACCCGAACUACGCGGCGGGCGACGAUGAAGAUGAGGAGAUGGGGAGCGCGAGCGAUGACGAGGACGACGCCUCGCUCGACGAAUACUCUGACGACGAGGACACGUCGUACAAGGUGCGCCGCGCGGCGGUGAAGCUGCUCGCGGCGGUGAUCUCGACAAGGCCGGAACUGCUGGGUGUAGUGUAUCGGGAGGUCUCUCCCGUCCUCAUCCAGCGCUUCAGCGAGCGCGAGGAGACUGUGCGCCUCGAGGUGUGGUCAACGUACGUGACGCUGCUGAACGCGACUGCGGUGUAUGGCACCCUGGCCGCGAGCGUGCCGAGCGGGAAGCGCAAGCGGGGAGAUGAUGAGGAGAUGCCGCCCGCUGGAGCGUCGCCGGUCGAUUUGCUGACGGAGCAGGUGCCGGCGCUGACGAAGGCGCUGCUGGGGCAGCUCAGGCCGCCGAAGACGAACGCCACCGUCCUCUCCGCCGGCUUCCGCGUCCUUGGCGCCCUACUGUCGGUGCUCCCGGGCAGCCUCGCGCAGCAAGCCCCUCAGGUGCUGGCAACAACGACCGCGGUGCUCAGUCAGCCCGUCGCUGCGGGGACUGCGCCGUUGCACGUGGCGGUGAUGGGGUUCUUGAGCUUGUUUGUGGGCACGCAUGCGCCGGGCGUGUGGGGGGCGGGGUUGGGGAAGUUGACGCCGGUGCUGCUGUCCCGCGCGAAAGAGCGGCAUCCGAGGGUGGCGGCGGAGGCGUUGAAGACGCUCUCGGCGCUACUCAACAACUCCAAGCCGGUAAAGAGCGCCCCCUGGGUCGACGGCCUUUACGACGAGGUUGUCGCGCGUCUUUCAAGCGCGGACACCGACGCGGACGUCCGCGCGCGUGCUGAAGAGGUCGUCGGCGACCUCUGGGUCUGCGCGGGCGAGGCCGUGCGCGGCAAGGGCGGGAAGGAGUGGGAGGCGGUGUGCAGGACGUCGGGAAAUACGGAGGGCGCGGUCCGGGUAGUGACCCGAGUGGCGACGGAGACGGAGGGUUUGAGCGAUCAGUGGGUCAACGGAUGCGUGCAGUGGGCGCUUACGCUGUUGAGGAAGAGCGGGCGGGCGGGCAAGAUUGAGAUCUUUGGGAUGUUGAAUGCGUUGAUUCGAUGCUAUGCCUCCGUGCCGCCCGAGGUCGUCCGCGAGCUCAUUGCGCAAGUCAAGGGCUUCGUGUCGCUCUCGGAUAUCGCGCUUCUGUCCCAGUCGCUGAACCUCAUCGCGUCGCUGCUUGAGGUCGCACCCGCGACUGCGUUCCCCGAGGUCGAGAAGACCGUGCUCGGCCAAGUGUACAAUCUCGCGUACUCCCCCCUCCUGGCCGGCAGCAGCCUCGACGCGGUCCUCGUGUUCAUCUCCUCGCUCGUCUCCGCCGACAAGCAGAUCUCCCCGCACGUCAUCCCCGGCCUUGCGAUCGCCGCGGACAAGGCGCCCAAGGGCGAGGUGUCCGCGGCCAACGUCGCGCGCUGCAUUGCGCAGGUCGUCCAGGCGGACCUCGGCGUCGCGGCGGGCACGAUCGCGGAGUACGCGAAGCAUGUGCGCAAGGGUGGGAAGGCGAAGACGUCGACGGUGGUGCUGAGCUUCUUGAUUCUUGGAGAGAUUGGCCGCUUUGUGGAUAUGUCGCCACAGGUGGAUAUCUUCCAGGCGGCGAUUGCGCACUUUGAGUCGGAGCAGGAGGAGGUUAGGGCGGCGGCUGCGUUUGCUGCGGGCAACAUCACCGUCGGCAACUUGCAUCACUUCCUACCGGCGAUCGUCAAGCUGGUGGAGACUGAUACCAAGAAGCGACUUCUAGCACUGCACGCGCUGAAGGAGGUCGUAACGCACUCAUCUCAUGGACAGCUAGAGAGCGUCGCGGACACGCUAUGGGUUCCACUGUUCGAGCACUCUGCCAACUCGGAAGAGGCUACCCGCAAUGUUGCCGCUGCCUGCCUCGGCAAGCUUGCCAUGACGCACCCAUCGCGCUACCUGCCCCAACUCCACGAUCGCAUCAAGGACGCGAAUCCUUCGGCAAGGGCCACGGUCGUAUCCGCUAUCCGCUAUACCUUCGCGGACUCAGCGCGCUCUUACGACGAACUCUUGGCACCUCUGCUCGUGGACUUCUUGACGCUCAUGCAGGAUCCAGACUUGACUGUCCGCCGCCUCGCACUUUCCGCGCUCAACUCGUCUGCGCGUACGAAGCCGCACUUGAUCCGGGAGCACCUCCCCAAGCUCCUUCCGCAACUCUACGCGGAGACCACGAUCAAGCCGGAGCUCAUCCGUACCGUGCAGAUGGGCCCCUGGCAGCACAAAGUCGACGACGGCCUCGAGGCGCGCAAGACCGCGUACGAGACGUUGUACACGCUGCUCGACACCUGCCUCGCCGUGCUCGACCUGCGCGAGUACCUCACGCACGUCAUCCGCGGCCUGGACGACAACGCGGACGAGGUGAAGGUGAUCUGCCACAUGAUCCUGUUCCGCCUGUCGCAGGUCGCGCCCGCGGCGGUCGCGCUGCGGCUCGACGAGGCGACGCCGGCGCUGGAGAAGACGGUGAAGGGCGCGAAUGUGACGAAGGACACGGUGAAGCAGGACCUCGAGCGCGCGGCGGAGCUCCAGCGCAGCACGCUGCGGGCGGUCGUGGCGAUGAGCAAGAUUGCGGGGAGCGGCGUGAGCCCGCGCUUCGAGGCGUUCGUGGAGGAAUUGAAGAAGAACGCGCAGUUCGGGAAUGAGUUCAGAGAUUAGUGGAAUGGAACGAUGUACGAAGAUGCUGUUGUACUGUAGUUGCACGUUGUACUGUCAAAGUUAGUCAGAGAAUCCUUGUUGCUUGUACCCUGCCGGAG